UAUUUGCUUUGUUAGGCGGUCAACUGUUUCAGGUGAAGACCACUGCUUUCAGCUCAUAUCAGGAAACUCAUCUUCUGGGCUGAUUAGUGGAUGAACAGAAACACAUCAGACUGUCAUAAUCGACAAUGGCCUGCAUAAUUCUGUUUAAAUGGUUUCUAAAAGCACUGAUUAUCAUCUCUGUUAUAAAGCAUGUUUCAACAUCCACCUUUUCACUAGUGAAGGCUACAGAUGCUAAUCUGACUGACCCCUGCAACAACUACACUGUGCUGAAUGACUCAUGGAGAUCCGUCAAUAAUACAAAUAACGCCAACACGUGUGACGCCUCAGUCUUCUGGAGCGGCUGGUAUCGGCUCUUCAUUAACGGUCUGAGUGCUCAUAUCCCAGACACAUGUGUUGCAGUGUCUAGCUGUGGCACUUCUUUCCCACUGUGGAUUCGUGGUGGACACCCGACAGUAAAGAAUGGAAUCGUCACUCGAGAUGUCUGCGGUAACGCUCUCGGUUACUGCUGUUUUUACGGCUCUUAUCCUAUUCGAGUCAAAGCCUGUCCAGAAAACUAUUAUGUCUAUGAGCUGCUUGGACCAACUGCCUGUAAUUUAGCCUACUGUGCAGAUGUUGGCAGUGUUAUCAUCAGCUCUACAGCCGCCACACCACUGAUCAUCACACCUGAUCCCUGUUACAACUACACUGUGCUGAACGAUUCAUGGAGAGCCAACAGCAGUCAGCCAUCAAAGCCAGUGACCAUGUGUGACCAGUCAGUGCCCUGGAGAGGCUGGUAUCGGCUCUUCAUUAACAAUCUGAACGCUCAGAUCCCAGACACAUGUGUUGAGAAGUAUAGUUGUGGCACUGAUUACCCAAUGUGGAUUCGUGGUGGACACCCAACAGUAGAGGAUGAAGUCGUCACUCGAGAUGUCUGCGUUCAUGCUUACAAUUACUGCUGCUAUAUGGGCUCUUAUCCUGUUCGAAUCAAAGCCUGUCCAGGAAAUUAUUAUGUCUAUGAGCUGCUUAGACCAACUGAUUGUAAUUUAGCCUACUGUACAGUUGUUUCCAACAUGAACUUCACCAGCACCAGUACAACAGUCGCACCACAGACGAGCUCAGCUGUAAUAAAUAUCACGCUGCAGGAAGGAUGCUCAAAUCAGAGCUCUGGAGGAUGUCUUCAAAAUCUUCUUGAGCAGAUAGAGAACAUUACAGCUCAAGAGCUUCCACUGAAUACGGUGACCGACAUAUUGAAUGUGAUCUUCAACGCUUCAGAGAAGAUUUCAGUGUCUUCAUCAUCAGCCAGUCCAUCUGAACUAGCCUCAUAUGGAAAUAAAGUGUUGAAAAGCAGCGAGAAACUCAUUUCUACACUGGUGAAGCCGACAGAAACAAGUGCCAACGUCAGUUUUACUCUUGAGACUGUAGAGGGACAAGUCUUCAUAGUUGGACCACAGGUGACCUUAGAGAAAAUCCCUCAACUUGAUACGACAAAUUCUUCUGUAGACAUCGAUCUUAUUGGCAUCGCCAAGAACAACAAUAACAGAUCUGCUGUGGCUUUUAUGAGCUACACCACAAUGGAGAAUCUACUGAAGGCCGACUUCUUCAACACAACUAAUGACACCAUUAAAACCAUGAUGUCCACUGUGAUCUCAGCUACUCUUCCCAAAACCAGCAACACUGCACUCACCAAAGCAGUCAACUUCACCUUCAGACACAUCAGAGAGUUUGACCCCAACGGUUCUCUGUCCUGUGUGUACUGGAAUAUCAGCGAGUGGAUUGUAGAUGGUUGUUCUGUGUUAAACAGCAACAGCAGCCACACUGUGUGUUCCUGUGUUCAUCUGUCCACAUUCGCUCUCAUCAUGCAGACCAGCAGCAGUCCACCACCGAGCGAUCGGCUGGAUCUGCUGAAUCUGGUGUGUGUGAUCGUGGAUCUGGUGUUCUUCAGUUUGGCUCUGUUGUCCUUUGCUCUUUGUCAGUGGAGUCCUGGAGUCAAUAAUGUGGCUCGAAUCAACAUCUGCAUCAGUCUGCUGUCGGCUCACCUUCUGUUUCUGCUCACACAACAGUUCCUGAACCUCAUUCGCCCUCAGCAGGUGUUGUGUGUGGUGAUAGCAGGCCUUCUGCACUUCCUCUUCCUCUCCGCCUUUGUGUGGAUGUUCAUUGAAGCUGUGCUGCUCUUCAUCUGUGUCAAGAACCUAUCACGGAUCAGCUCAAAAAAAAAGGAGGUGCUUAGCAGUGGAUUCCUGUGUGUGAUUGGAUAUGUGGUUGCUCUGGUUGUGGUGUGUGUGUCUAUAGGGCUGGUUCCAGAAGGAUACGGCAGUGAACAAUGCUGGAUUAAAACAGAUAAAGGGUUUAUCUGGAGUUUUCUGGGUCCUGUUUGUGUCAUACUAGCAUUGAACACGAUUCUCUUCAUCAGGAUCAGCAUCAGUCUGAAAUCAGCUCUCGCAAAACUAAACGCUGAAGUUUCACAGAUGAAGCAAACCAAGGUUAUGGUGUUUAAAACACUGGGUCAGUUUGUGGUUCUUGGUUGUUUUUGGAUUCUGGGUUUCGUCCCUAAUAGCAGUGAGGUGCUGCAGAUCGUCUUCCUGAUCUUGAACUCUCAGCAGGGAACCUUCAUCUUCCUGAUCUACUGUGUGCUCAAUAAUGAGAUCAGGCAGCAGUACUGGAGGUGCUUCAAAUAUCUGUGCUCUGGAUGCAAAGAAAACUGAGGACUGCAGCAUCGUGUACAGGCAAUAUGAAGUACUGUAAUGUACACACAUGAUUUUUAAACAGAAUUAUUGUACUAAAUGUCAUUAAUUCAGUUUGAAAAUGAUUGAAAAAUGUGAUGUGUAAGACACUUAAUAUUACAGCUGACAGUACUGUUGAUGGAAAGCAUUGACUCUUCUUUAAUCACUAAACAUUGAAUUUAACAUUACUCGGUGAAGGGUAAAGAUAUUUGGACUAAAUCUAAAAGCUUUUGUUCACUUCAAAGGGUUCUGACUUGUUUUUAGGAUAUGUUAAUUAUUAUUAUGGGGGUGGUUUGCUUCUUAAUAUAUCUCCAUUGUUAUGUAUUGUUAUUGCAUAAUGAACAGUACAG